AUGAAACUACUGGGAACAAUAAUUGGUUCAGCAUUCUUUUUACAAGCUGUGUCUGGAUUCUUUUUCGAUUCAGGUCACCAGAAUAGACAGCAACAGCAGCAACAGCAGCAACAGCGGGAUGUUGGCUCUUACCAGCAAAUGUUCCUAGAUAAUGACUGUCCGCAUUAUUUAUGUCCACAGACAUUGGAUUGUGUGAGACAGAAGUCGGAUUGUGCGUGUCCGUUCCCUAAUUCACAAUUGAAAUGCAAUCUACCCAACGGUCAGGUAAUUUGCAUCUCAAAGCCAGCAACACAUGAUCCAACACUGGUAGAGAUUUAUGAUGAUCCAGUAAUGGGACCAGCUCAACGUACUGAGGGAUUCAGAGAUUGUGGAUGGAUCUUGGAUGUAUAUGACGGCAAGAUUUAG